AUAUACCCAGCUCAACACUGGUGCUUGGCCAGAGGCUGGGCUUUAAUUCCCACGUUCAAUUCCCGCUUCCCGACGCGGUGUCCUGAGAUGGUGCUGAAACGGGCUGAUUGGAACCUGUGGAUUGCUUGUCUCUGGAUAAUUUGUUUCGAAGGUUGGGUAGAGUCAUUAGAAGUUACCAUGAGCAGCAAGAGUGUGCAGGUUGCCAGAGGUCAAACAGCUGAACUACCAUGCACCUUCAUAACAAGUGCUGCUCUGAAUCAACUGAACAUCAUCUGGACUGUGACACCUCUCUCCAAUGUUAAUCAGCCAGAACAGGUAAUUUUGUACCAGGGAGGGCAGGUAAUUAGUGGGGCCACCCAGUUUAAUUCCCGUGUGGGCUUUGUCGUCACCAUGCCCAGCACAAGUGCCUCCAUCUUCAUUAAUAACACACAACUGUCAGACACAGGGACGUAUCAGUGUUUGGUGAACAACGUGCCUGACAGAGGAGAGAGGAACAUAGGUAUCCUUGGAUUGUCUGUACUAGUGCCACCCACUGUCCCAUUUUGCAGACUUCAAGGAGUAGUUGACGCUGGAAAUGAUGUCACUCUGACUUGUAGUUCCGAAGAAGCUAUCCCAAUCCCAACGUAUUCCUGGGAAAAACUGGAUUCAUUUGUUAAACUACCACCAAUGUCGGUACAUGAUCAGAUGCAGGGAACAUUGAUUCUUCGGAAUAUCAGCACUGCUACAAAUGGUUUGUACCAAUGUACAGCUUCUAAUACAAUUGGAUCCAAUACCUGUGCCAUUGACCUACAGCUUGUUGCACCACAACUCCAAAAUGUUGGAAUCAUAGUUGGAGCUGUGGUGACGGGUAUCCUGACACUCCUGCUCUGCAUCUUUUCUAUUGUUGUCAUUCUGUUGUACUGGAAGAGCAAAAACAAAUAUGAAGAGGAAGAGACUCCCAAUGAGAUCAGGGAAGAUGACAUCCCACCAUCAUCAUCUACCAAAGGUUUCCAUCCAGCUGGUUCCUCUGAAAAUGUUACCCUUACAUCAGCAAACACAUACAGCGCCCACUACUGGCAAAACAAGAAGCCCAUCUACGAGUCAAAUCCAUUCAGUCGGUACAAUGGACAUACGUUCCACUCAAUUACAACGACGUCCAGUCAACCACAGAACCGACCACUGUAUACAAACGGAAGCCACCGCACCACACAAAAGGCAAUGGUUGUUGCUACAAGUUUAUCUCCAUCUUCUCAAAACCUAACAAAAUGCAAUGGCUCACUGAGUCGUAAGACUCCUUCACAGCACACACUCUCCUAUGCUGUUAGUCAUGCAAAUCUUCAACGAAUGGGUGGCAUACCAGUCAUGGUACCUGCACAGAACAGGGCAGGAUCUCUGGUAUAGAUAACAUUUCAUAUAUAGACUGAAGACUAUACUCAUGACCUAAAUUUCAGUUGCAGACAGUUAUUCUUUCAUCUUUUUUGAAAAAAAGACACUUUUUCUUGCCAGGUCCCUUCCCUGAUCUGUGAGAGGGAUUAUAUAAAAGUAAAGCCAUUUCAUGCCUGAGUUUGACUUGCAUGCAACUGCAUUUUGUCUUAAAUUAACACAUUUUUGAAGUCUUAUUUUGCUUUUCAAAAAUCAACUGACAUUGAUGUACCUUCUUAAUGUUCUUAAAAAAGGAGCAUAAGUUAUUCCAAAAGGAACAAGACAGUUGCUUGUUAUUAAAGAUGAGUGAUUUGAGUAUAACUUCUUAAUAAUUUCUGAGAGACUGAAAAUGUAUCUGAGAUUAAGUUACUGCCCUCAGACAGGGAUACCAGAAGAAUUUUCACCAAGAAUAUCUCUAAAGUAUGAUUGCAUCAGUUCACUUAACUUUCAGAUGCCUGUAACUGUACCUGGGGAAAGAAGAAAUGUUUGAAUGAAAGACAAUGUUGAAAUUUAAGAACCAGCUCUGGAAAGUUAAUAACUGACAUCCAGAAGUUCAGUAAACUAUCGUCAGCACAUUAAAAAGGCCAGACAAUGGUGGAAAAAUAGUUUUGUCAAUUGGACCAUGACUUGGAACAAGAUAGUUUACUUUGAAGAGGAAAUGGUUUAAGGCUUCCUCCAAUCUGAAUAUUCUAGAUAUCACGGCACAUUGUUUCAUAUGAGGGUUUCAGCAGAAGCAAUGCUACAAGAGUAACAGUGGUGCAAAUUAUAGGCAACAGCGAGACCAAUGCUGACCAUGAGAAAACUAGACUGCUGAGAUGAUUUGAGGAAAAAAGAAUAAAAAUGGAAUGGACGUACUGAAUGAUAUCUUUAGCCACGAAAAUGCUUUUGCAAAUAACUGGACUGAACAUGCUCUUAAUUUUUCUGUGGAGCAAUAAACCAGUAUUUUACAAUGUUUUGCUUUCACAACAACGUUUAAAAUGUUUGUUGCAGUGAAAAAAUGAUUUUACAAUGGCUAAAGUUAAUGCUUCAGCAUUUUGCUAUUAAGAGCUUUGGAUAAACAUUUUCUGAUGAAAUAUUACUUUUCCCUAUUAAGAGAUUAGGUUGCACUUGUGUUGCAACAGUUAAUUAUGUUUACAUUUUUAAUGGUAUCUAUGACUCUUGCAACAAUUGUACAUUAUUUCAUCAGAUAGAACCCCCGAGCUGGAAGAUUGCUGAUUGGUACUGAUUCCAGGUUCUCCCACAGUCUUGAUACCACAGGGCUAUGAUCAUUCAGCUAAAGACCCUUUUUCGGGGUACGAGAGAUUGAGGGCUAACAUGAGAUUCCAUUUGGAAUCCUGUAAGUAACUGUGGAGGUCUUGUGCUGACCUGGACGCUCUAACAGACUUCGGGUAGAUAACGAGCCAUGUUUCAAUUGUCAGUGGUAUAAAGCAUUUGACUACUGUA